GAAUUCAAACAAGGCAGGUGGAGAGCGGAAGCCGUGAACGGAAACAAUCUCCCAGUGUCUUACUCCAAAUAACGUGUGGUUGACAUGGCAGCCCCACGUGGAUCGUUCUCACUGAUGUUCUUCCCAAGUCCUUCCUUCACAAUCCAAUCCCACGGCAGAUUCCUUCGAAUCUUCUUCUCUCGAAUCCCUUCUUCCUUCCUCAUCUCUCCUCUUCACAUCCGACACCCGACUCAGCCUCGCUUACCAGAAUGAGAGCUUUGAAUUCCCAUUUUGUCAUCAUCGAUCUUCACUCUUCCUGGCGCUUCUCGUCAUUUCGUCGAACUCGUCAUUCCCUCAGAGCGAUCCGCUCAUCCAAUCUAUCUUCUGACUCGAUUCCCUCCCCGCUAAUUCGAAGACCUUCUGAACGAUUCUCUUCCGGAAAUGCCUCCUCCUCAACUUCUUCGAACCUGCCUUCCACUUCACGCCCUCAGGCUGUUUCCGAAUUAGAGCUCUUCCUCGAUUUAUUGCCUUUGAAAAUGAGGAAGGAAUUGUAUCGCCACGAUCAACUUGGUGGGCUCAUCGAGGUCGUCAUGGAUUUGGGUAGGAAGCCUAUUGCUAGGUUCCCGUUUGGUGAUUGGGAAAUCUCGCAACAGCCCAUCAGGCACGAUGAUUUACGCCAUGCGAUUUCCAAGGUUGGCGAGUUUUCUGAUGACAACCGAUCGGGUAUUGAUAGCUCUUUACAUCGUGUAAGUGCAAUUCGUAAUCGUAAAAUGCAAAUUAUUGGCCUCACGUGCCGGGUGGGUCGAGCUGUAACUGGUAGUGCAGAAAUCAUACGUGAUUUAGUGGAGGAUGGAGGAUCCAUCUUGGUAAUAGGACCUCCUGGAGUGGGCAAAACAACCUUAAUCAGAGAGAUUGCGAGGAUGCUGGCAGAUGAGUUUAUAAAGCGUGUUGUCAUUGUAGAUACCUCCAAUGAGAUUGGAGGUGAUGGCGAUAUCCCUCACGCAGGCAUUGGUCGUGCAAGGAGAAUGCAAGUUCCCAAUGUGAAUAUGCAGCAUAAUAUUAUGAUUGAAGCAGUUGAAAACCAUAUGCCUGAAACCAUCAUAAUAGAUGAAAUUGGGACUGAGCUUGAAGCAUUAGCAGCCAGUACCAUUGCUCAAAGAGGAGUUCAAUUGGUUGGAACAGCACAUGGGAUGACCAUAGAAAGCAUAAUAAAAAAUCCUUCUCUACAGAUUCUUGUUGGUGGUAUAGAGAGCGUGACCCUGGGGGAUGAGGAAGCAAGGAAAAGAAAAGUACAAAAGACAAUUCUUGAAAGGAAAGGACCUCCUACAUUUACAUGUGCGGUAGAGAUGAUAUCAAAAACUGAAUGUCGUGUUCAUCAUAGAUUAGAUGCAACUGUGGAUGCCAUUUUGGCAGGAAAAUCUCCAUUGUAUGAAGUUCGUCAGUGGGAUGACCUUGCCAAUGAUUCUUCAGUGAAGUAUACUCCAAUGCUUGAAAAAGACAAUGGAGACAGACCUUAUUCAACGGAUGAAAAUAGCAUAAAUGCUGAUGAAGACUCCAGUGAGCAAGAGAAAGAUCAUCCUUCUACUUGGUCUUGGUCCAAGAAAUGGAGCUCUAGUAGAUCUGGGAUCAAGAGGAGUGCUCCUCUGCAAGUGUAUACUUACAAGAUCCUUGAAGCUGAUCUACUUCAAGUAGCUAAGGUGAUGGGACUUGAGGAUGCAAUAGAUGCAACUGGUGAUAUUGGAGCUGCUGAUGCAAUUCUAGCGUCCAGUUCUGAGUUACGACAGAAUCCAUGGAUCCGUGGAGUCGCAAAAUUCCACCAGUUGCCCGUAUUUGUUAUUAAGUCAAAUACCAUGGCACAAAUGGUCAAGGCAGUGCGUAUGCUCCUUGGGCUAGAAUCAUUUGGCCCUACGUCAAAGAAGCAGCUUAGUGACUCCUUAAAUAUUGAAAUUCAGGAUGAUGAACCAAAACGAAAACCAUCUUUGGAAGAGAUUGAUGCUUUGGAGGAGGUCCGCCUUGCGAUAGAAUACAUCGUGAUUCCUGGUGGAGAGCCGGUGGAGCUUCUUCCCCGACGUUCUGAAAUAAUUGCCCGGCAGCUUGAACUGGUAAAGAGCUAUCAAUUGUCUGCUGAAAAGUCAGGUAGUGAACAAAACCCCAGGUUGCAGAUUCUGCCCUUGAAGCUGUAUGGGAAUGCAAAGAAACCCUCUAAACCUGGUUCAGCUUCCGGGAAGAUUACCAGUACUACUAGGUCGGUUUCUAGAGGUGGCAAUGGCACCAGUGUCACCAGACUUCCUCUUUUACCUGAAUAAUAAUUCAAUUAUUGUUUCUAUCCUAGCACGCGGCUGUCGGCCAUAUGUUGUACAUGUAACAUUACUUGUACAGUCAUGUAAUACAAUUCUUCACAGCAUGUUUGUCAUGUAACAUCAAUAAAAUAGCUUUAUUAAUGAA